AGGCGCACAGAAGCUCCGCGCUGGAUCCCUCUGAUAUCUUCUAUCUGAAAACUGAGGAUCAACACACGCCUUCCAGGUUGACAUCAGCCUUCUGGGAUGGAGGGCACAGGCAGCGGCUGGUCAGCUGAGCUCACUCCUGUGAUGCGUGAGGUGAAUGGCAGUGACACCGGCCAGGUCUUUGAGGUGGCGCUGCAGAACGGCUCCACCAAGCGCAGCCCCCAGUUUGUGGGUGUGGAGCUGCUACAGUCUUUCAAGCUGCUCAUCAUUCCCUGCUACACUCUGGUGGCUCUGGUGGGAGUCUUUGGCAACUAUCUGCUCCUCUAUGUCAUUUGCCGCACCCGCAAGAUGCACAACGUCACCAACUUUUUCAUUGGAAACCUGGCCUUCUCUGACAUGCUGAUGUGUGCUACGUGUGUCCCCUUCACACUGGCCUACGCCUUCAACCCACACGGCUGGGUGUUUGGUCGCUUCAUGUGCUACCUGGUGUACCUCAUUCAGCCUGUGACGGUGUAUGUGUCGGUCUUCACUCUCACUGCAAUUGGUGUGGAUAGAUACUAUGCCACAGUUCAUCCUCUUAAAAAGCGAAUCUCAGUAUUGGCAUGCACCUACCUUUUGUCUGGGAUCUGGCUGCUGUCCUGCGGUCUGGUGGCCCCGGCUGUGGCUCACACCUACCAUGUGGAGUUCAAGAAUGAAGGCUUCACCAUCUGCGAGGAAUUCUGGAUGGGCCAGGAGAGGGAGCGGCUGGCCUACGCUUACAGCACUCUCUUCAUCACCUACGUCCUGCCUUUGUCGGCGCUCUGCAUCUCCUACCUGUGCAUCUCUGUCAAACUGCGAAACUGUGUUGUACCCGGCCACCACACCCAGAGCCAGGCAGAGGCUCAAAGGAUGCGCAAACGCAAGACCUUCCGUCUGGUGAGCCUGGUGGUGGCAGCCUUUGGCAUCUGCUGGAUGCCCAUCAGUGUGUUCAACGUGCUGCGAGACAUUGACAUUGACCUGAUUGAUAAGCGGUACUUUCUGCUCAUUCAGCUGCUCUGUCACCUGUGUGCAAUGAGCUCAUCCUGCUGUAACCCUUUCCUCUACGCUUGGCUGCACGACCGCUUCCGUGCUGAGCUUCGCAAAAUGUUCACAUGCCGCCGUCGUAUCGGCAUCUCGGCCAAUAACUGCGCCACUGCCAGCGUGGUUUUGUGAAGCUCCUGUGUUUUAGGCUGCUGUUGGUUAGUCCAUGUUUCUUUGGACAGUAGUUUAUACUCAUCUCAUUCUGGUAACAGACAAGCAACACAGAAUUAGAUAGGUGUACAUAGGAUUCAUAACUGUAUGGCGAUCCAACUUUUACUCAAGGUAGUACACAUAAUUCUGUAAACUGGUGUCAGACCUGUUGCCAGUAUGCUUGAAAGAGUACUCCACCAGUUUAGCAUUGCCCUUCUAUUACACUGUCUAACUUAUGAUGGAUGAUGUAGAAAAAUAGGAUCUUAAUCAAUACAGCAAAGCCAGAGAUAUCAUUGUUUUUAUGCCACAUAUGUCUAUAUUGCCACAAUGCAGCUCGACCGCUGACAGUUUGGUUGAAGAUUUGAAUGUGUUUCUUGUAAUAACUUAUGUUGCCUCAAUGUGUUAGCCUUAAGCAAAGACAAAGAGCAAGCUACAGAGACUCAGUGAGCUCACUUCUAUCUAUUUUUGUGUCUGGACCAUGAAAAAUCCUCUUUUUUUUCAGAUUUAAAUAUUGACUAAAAGGACCAGUGUGUAGGAUUUAGUGGCAUCUAACACUGAGGGUUGCAGAUUGCAACCAACUGAAUACUCUCCCCUCUUCCUUUCCAAGUGUGUACAGUAGGAACCUUUACUCUCUAGAGCCAGUGUUUGGUUUGUCUGUUCUGGGCUUCUGUAGAAACAUGGCAGAAUUUGUGGAGGAGGACCCAUUCCCCAGUGGAUAUAAAGGCUCAUUCUAAGGUAAUGAAAGCAUGAAAAGAAUGAUUCUUAGUUUUAGGUGAUUUUAAACGAUGAAAACAGAUACACAAUACACAAUAGACCAAACUGAAUCCUACACACUGCAACUUUUAUUUACUUCAAGGAUAAAGCAAGCAAAAUUCUGUAGUUUUAUGUUUGUUGACAGAUUUCAUGAAAAGACCCAAACCAACAGCGUGUUUAUCCGUCUGUCAACACUGCCUGACUUCCCCUGCCUUUGUGUGGCUCUCAGC